AUGGCUUCACAAAUACUUCCAUUGGAGUUGAUUGAUAGAUGCAUCGGUUCGCGGAUAUGGGUGAUCAUGAAGGGUGAUCGAGAGUUCACUGGCACUCUGCUUGGGUUCGAUGAUUUCGUUAACAUGGUUCUUGAAGAUGUGACUGAAUACGAAAUUACCCCUCAAGGGAAAAAAAAGACGAGCCUCGCACAGACUCUUUUAAACGGAAACAACAUCUGCCUACUUAUACCAGGAAGUAACGGACCAGAGGAAUCCUGA